AUGGCAGGUAACAAGAAUCUUGUCGUUGAUAAUUCUGUAUCGAUAUCGAAUGCCAAUCAUCAGGAAGAUAUAAAUUAUAGCAUCGAGUUAAAUCGUUGGCUCUUGAAGGCAACUGGAAUCUGGCCUAGAAACGAAAACACGAGCUUGCUCGAGAUACUUCUUUCUCGAUUUUUAAACGUUCUACAUACGUCGUUAAUAAUUUUCCUUUUAAUCGGUACGGUUCUUUACAUACUCCUGGACGUACAGGAUAUUCAGGCGAAGCUAAAUAAAAUAGGUCCAAUCUCGUUCACUACUGCAACCUUGAUAAAAUAUUGGUUACUGAUACUUCAUGAAAGUGGAAUUAAACGUUGCUUGGAUCACAUAGAGAUCGAUUGGAAAGGGGUUAGGCGUCAGGAAGAUCGACGGAUUAUGCUUGAAACCGCUCAUAUUGGUCGACGUAUCGUCGUAAUUUCCGCGUCUUUUGGAUUUGGCGCUUUAUUUCUAUAUCGUGUAAUAGUCCCGUUAAAUUCACCGAAGAUGGUAGUAGGUAACUUGACGUUCAGGCCGUUAGCUUAUCCGGUUUCCAAAGUUAUCAUCGAUGCUCGUCAAAGUCCGGCCAACGAGCUAAUUCUUUUAACACAAUGUAUUUGUGGUUUCAUUAUGAGUGCUAUCACAGUGGGUUCCUGCAGUCUAGUAGCCAUUUGCUCCCUUCACGCCUGUGGACAGCUGAAAAUCUUAAUGCACUGGUUGAAUCGUCUCAUAAACGGGCGUGCCGAUGAAAAUGAUACAAUGGAUGAUCGAUUAAGUGACAUCGUUAAAAAACACGUGCGAGUAUUGAAUUUCAUCACAUGUACGGAAGAUUCUAUGAACGAAAUUUCUCUCGUAGAGAUCUUUGCAUGUAGUUUAAAUAUGUGUAUGGUUGGAUAUUACAUGAUUAGGGGCUGGAAUAAUGUCAAUACGAUUAAUAUGUUGACCUAUGUCACACUUCUCAUAUCCUUUGUGUUUAAUAUAUUUAUUAUCUGUUAUAUUGGUGAAUUACUUGCAGAUGAGUGCAAGAAAAUGGCAGAAUCGACCUAUAUGAUCAAUUGGUAUCAACUUAAAGGAAAAAAAGCUCUCAGUCUCAUUCUAAUAAUUUCGAUGUCGUUGUCAUCUAGUAGACUCACCGCUGGAAAGUUCAUCGAUUUAUCUCUAAGAAGUUUUGGCGACGUUAUCAAAACUUCGAUGGCUUACUUGAAUAUGCUUCGUGCCGUUACAUCGUAA